CAACACCGAUCCAUCUCAGAGGGCGCCAUUGUACAUUGCAGCGCCGCUCGUGUAUAUUAUCUCAUCAACCCAUCCGUUCCUUCUUUCUGCGGCCGCUCUUUUAAGUAAUUGCUGCUGCAGCGCUCGUGCUGAUAGAAUAUGUCUGACGCUACCAAGCCUGGUGAGCUCUCCCCCACACGGCGUCGACAUCAUCACAAACAGAGACUGUCGCCGCGCCCAUUGGCCCCAGCACUGCAUGGCUAACGACGACGCACCACCAGAGGCUACCGCGCCUGUCGAGGACGCGAACGCCAAUGGCGCGCCCGCGCAGGCCGAGGACGAGGGCAGCAACGGCAUCUUCCAGAUCUCCGUGAAGCUGCCCCACGAGCCGUUCGAGGUGCAGAUGACCAUCUCGACGGCCGAGCAGGUGCAGGACCUGCGCCAGUCCAUCAUCGAGAUGCCGCACACCUUCCAGUACUCGUGCUUCCACCUCGAGCACGACGGCAAGCGCAUCAACGACUACGUCGAGCUGUCCGAGGUCGAGGGCCUCAAGGCCGACUCGGUGCUGACCCUGGUGGAGGACGCAUACACGGAGAAGGAGGCGCGGUUACACGUGAUCCGCGUGCGCGAGCUGAUUGGCGCUGCAGGCGACCGCACCGAUGCGCUGCACGGCAUCCUGGCCGGCGUCUCGCUGCACGACACAGUGGGGAUCGACCAGCCCGCGGGGAAGCCCAAGGAGGAUGGCCCUGAGCCGUCGCCUCUGGCCGACUACGACUUCCAGGCCGGCGGCGCUGUGCAGAAGCUGCUGCCGCCCGUGCAGGAGCCGGCGCCCAAGACCAUCAAGUCUAUCGCCGUGUCGCCGUGGAACCCGCCGCCGUACCACCUGCGCUCCAAGGGCCACCUGCUGUACCUGGUCGUCAACACCAACGAGAACGAGCAGCACCACAUCACCUCGCACGUCUCGGGCUUCUACGUCAACAAGUCGUCGAAUGCCAGCUUCGACCCCGCGCCCCGCGACGGCCCCAAGGCCCGCCACGAGCACUCGCUGCUGAACCUGCUCGAGGCCAUCUCGCCGUCCUUCCAGGAGUCGUUCCAGCAGCUGCUGGACCACAACGCCAAGAAGGAGCUGCUCACCAUCUUCCAGCUAUCCAACGCCAUCCCUGCGAACCCAUGGCUGGUCCCCGCCCCCACCUCGGCCCUCACACCACACCAGCCCGACCUCGCGCGGACACAGGAGAGCUAUCUCAUCUCGGGCGUCGAGAACACCGAGACUCUGCGCGACUGGAAUGAGGAGUUCCAGUCGACCCGCGAGAUGCCCAAGGAGGCCGUCCACGACCGUGUCUUCCGCGAGCGCCUCACGUCGAAGCUGUUCGCCGACUACAACGACGCCGCGACGCGCGGUGCCAUGCUCGUCGCCCGCGGCGAGAUUGCGCCCCUCAACCCUACAGAAGCCAAGGAUGCCCAGAUCUUCGUUUACAACAACAUCUUCUACUCCUUUGGCGCUGACGGUGUCGGUACUUUCGGCACCGAGGGCGGCGACGAGGCUGCUCGCGUGGCCGUCGGCAAGGACGUUUUUGGUGUCCGCGCCGUAAACAACCUCGACAUUCCCAAUCUUUUCACAUCCGGAACCGUCGUCGUCGAUUACCUCGGAAAGCGUAUUGUCGGCCAGAGCAUCGUUCCUGGUAUCUUCAAGCAGCGCGACCCUGGCGAGCACCAGAUCGACUACGGUGCGGUUGAAGGCAAGGAGAUUGUCGCCGACGACAAGUCGUUUGUCCCUCUGUUCGAGCAGCUCUCCAAGGCGCUGCGAGUCAAGAAGCACCCCGUCUGGGACAAGGACAACGUCAGGCACGAGCUGGAAGGCAGUGUUGAGACCAAGGGACUCAUCGGCACCGAUGGCAGGCGCUACGCCCUUGAUCUCUACCGCCUCACUCCUCUCGAUGUUGCCUGGAUCGAGGCCCAUUGGAGCGAGCCCGCCAAGGACGGCGAGACCAAGACUUCUGAGAAGGACUACCCUCAUCGCAUGGCCACUCUCCGCCCCGAGCUUGUCGAGUCUUACGGCCGUAUGAAGCUUCGCGAAUACGUCAAGAACGAGCUUGAGAAGAAGAAGGCCGCCAAGGGAGAGACACCCGCGGCAGUCAAGGCCGAGGAGGAGAAGGAGUCUUCCGAGGAGGAAUCUUCUGAAGAGGAGUCUUCCGAAGAGGAAUUAGAGGAGGGCGAGAAGAAGACCGAGAAGAAGACCGAGAAGGCCGCCGACAAGAAGGUCGCUAAGACCGAGGAGGCAGCUGAGUCUGAGAAGAAGGCGGAAGAACAGGAACGCGUCGACAUCUCUGGCUUCGUUUUCGCACUCAACCCGGAUGUUUUCUCUGGCCAGAACCCGCAGUCUGACGAAGACAAGGCCGAGUGGUCCAAGGACGAGGCUGAGGUCCGCGCUGCCUGCGAACACCUGCAGUCCGAGGUCAUUCCCCGCCUGAUCCAGGAGCUCAAGGAUGGCGAGGUCGGUUUCCCUAUGGACGGCCAGUCUCUCAGCGCUCUCCUGCACAAGCGCGGUGUCAACAUCCGCUACCUCGGAAAGUUCGCUGAGCUCGCUGACAAGCCCGAUCCUCGUCUCCAGGCCUUGAAGCGUCUUGUUGUCCAGGAGAUGAUCGCUCGUGGCUUCAAGCACUUCGCCAACUCCAAGCUGCGCAACAUCCCUGCUCCCUUCGCCAACGCCUGUGUUGCGCACCUCUUCAACUGCUUGCUCGGCGCAGAGGCCAACCCCAAGCCUGUUGCCGAGUCUGACAACAGCCUCAAGUCUAUCUACCCCGAGGCUGACUUCAGCUUCGAGCAGCUUACCCCUGAGACCCUGAAGAAGGAGGUCGUCGCACAGGUUGCUCUUCGCUACCGCUACAACCUCAACGCACUCGGCGGAAACUGGGUCGAGACCGGCAAGGAACUCCAGCUGUUCCGUGAGGUCUCGCUCAAGCUUGGCAUUCAGCUGGAGAGCAAGCAGUACGCCUUUACCAAGGAGGCUCUCUCCAGCGCCCCUGCGGCUAAAUCUGCCCCUGCUCAGACCAACGGCAACUCAGGCUCAGGCAAGAAGGGCAAGAAGAGCAAGCAGGCCUCGCCGCCCCGCACUGAGAGCCCAGCGCCUGCUCGCACCGCGCAGACCUUCCACGCUGACGACAUCCUGAACGUUGUCCCCGUCAUCAAGGAGGCCUCGCCCAAGAGCUUGUUGGCUGAGGAGGCUCUUGAGGCCGGCCGCAUGUCCGUUGCCCAGGACCAGAAGGAGCUUGGCCAGGAUCUGCUCCUUGAGUCUCUGCAGCUCCACGAGCAGAUCUACGGUGUGCUGCACCCCGAGGUCGCUCGCGCGUACCACACCCUGUCCAACCUGCUUUUCAACUUGGAGGACAAGGCGUCUGCUCUCGAGCUUGCUCACAAGGCUGUCAUCGUCUCCGAGCGUACGCUUGGUGUUGAUCACGCUGACACCGUCCUUGCAUACCUGAACCUUGGUCUGUUUGAGCACGCCGCGGGUAACACCAAGGGUGCUCUGGUCUACGUUCGCCACGCCCUUGAGCUGUGGAAGAUCAUCUACGGACCUGACCACCCCGACUCGAUCACAACCCUCAACAACGCUGCUGUCAUGCUGCAGUCCAUGAAGCAGUACCACGAGUCGCGCAUCUGGUUCGAGGCCUCUCUCAAGAUCUGCGAGGAUGUGUCCGGCAAGAACUCGAUCAACACGGCUACUCUGCUGUUCCAGACAGCCCAGGCGCUUGCUCUUGAUAAGGACAUGCGCGGCGCUGUCAACCGCAUGCGCGAGUCGUACAACAUCUUCAAGGAGGUUCUCGGUGCCGAGGACCGCAACACCAAGGAGGCCGAGAGCUGGCUGGAGCAGCUCACACAGAGCGCCGUCAGCCAGCAGAAGCAGAUCAACGACAUUGCUGCUGGCCGCAUCCGCCGCGUCCAGCUGACGGGCAGGAACCCUCUCCGCCCUGCCGCGGCUACUCCCACAGUCAGCGAGCACGCCAACACGGUUGGCGGCUCUCAGACUCGCCGCGGAACCGGCGGCAUCGACCAGCGCAGCAUCGAUGAGCUGCUCAAGUACAUCGAGGGCGACGCGCAGAAGACGCCCACGAAGAAGCGCGGUCAGACCAACCCUAAGAGGAGAGGUGGCAAGAACUAAGCUCUGCCGCACAAAAGUCACCUUUGGAUUUAGUAACGGCCUUCUUCUACUGUAACAAUAUCGCGAUUUUACUUUCAUGACGACUAAGGCAUUUCAGCACUUGGAACGCUCCUGCAUCUGUUGGCUCACUGUUUGGUUCUAGCAUUGUUGUUUGGGGAGUUUGAGUUCGGACUGGCUGUAAUAAGCCCUUGCCAUGUAAAAUAGGGAGGAUGGGUACGGCGGGACAGGUAUGGCGGCUGGGUAGGACGGCGGCAUGGUGACGAACUUGAUGUCUUGAAUAAAAGUCUCCUCUUCUCA